GAUAGGCUUUUCUCAGUCUUCAGGAUAGAUCUGACAGUUACAAGUUUGUUCCUAAGUUUCUUCUGCUGACACUCCAUGCAUGAUGGGACCCUGUAAUGGGACGUUGUCCCCACAGCCAUCAACCCCUCAGUUUUCCCUGGGUGUGUUGGUGCUCCUGGCUCUGCUCAUGGUGCUGCUGGCUCUGGUCACAAUCCUUGGAAACGUCUUGGUGAUCCUGGCUUUCGUCUUGGACAGAAAUCUCAGGCAUCGGAGUAACUAUUUCUUUCUCAACCUUGCCAUUUCCGACUUUGCAGUGGGUGCAUUUUGCAUCCCUCUAUACAUCCCCUAUGCCCUGACAGGAAUCUGGCACUUUGGAAGAGGCAUCUGCAAGCUCUGGCUCCUUGUGGACCAUCUCAUGUGUACAGCUUCAGUAUUUAACAUUGUUAUAAUUAGUUACGACCGUUUUCUCUCAGUUACUAAAGCUGUAUCUUACAGAGCCCAGCAAGGAAUGAUGUCCAGCCCUGUUGUCAAGAUGGUGGCCAUCUGGGUCUUUGCCUUCCUGCUCUACUCUCCGGCAGUUCUCCUUUGGGAGUACGUGUCUGGCUGCAGCAUGGUAGAGGAGGGGCAGUGCUAUGCCGAGUUCUUCAACAACUGGUACUUCCUCCUGUGUGCAUCCACCCUGGAGUUCUUUGUGCCUCUGAUCUCAGUCACCUACUUCAACGUGAGCAUCUUCCACAACAUCCAGAGACGCCAGCGGCGCGGCAGCAUUCAAUACUGCGAGUCUCCAGGGAGCAGCAGUGAGUCCUGGAGGUUUUGUUUUUUGCUGAGGCGAGGACCUUCUUUGUCAGAAACAGAGGACAGUGCUUCUUCCUCCAUGAGAACAAAGAAAGAAUCUUUGGUAGCUGAAAGCUCAUCUCUAUCCAGAGCCAACUCUUUGACCCCAGAAAAUUGUUUCUCUGUUUGUUCAAGGACCAGAUCAAAACUGCAUAAUGACAAGAAGAUUGCGAAAUCGCUUGCCGUAAUUGUGUGUGUCUUUGCCAUUUGCUGGGCCCCGUAUACUUUACUAAUGAUAAUUCGUGGAGCCUGCCAAGGAGAAUGUGUCCAUCCGAUCCUGUACCAAAUUACCUUUUGGCUUUUGUGGAUCAAUUCCUCUCUGAACCCAUUCCUCUACCCUCUCUGUCAUGAUAAAUUUCGACUGGCUUUUAUGAAAGUCUUAUGUCCCAGAAAGUUUGCAAUAUUGAGAUCAGGCUCUUGUUAGAAGGUUUAAAAAUAAUAAUAAUCAUAAAAAUCAAUAGGCUGAUGUUCAGCUGUAUCUGUAAAGAAUGACUGUUGUGAAUAGCAAAAGUUUGUCAUUAAUUUGUUCUGGAAGAGUAAGGCCUUGGUGAAAUAUGUUCUUUGGAGAAAUGUGCGUGCCCAAGGUUUAUGUACGUUUUUCAGCAGUUCAGAUUGGCCAGGAAAAGAACAUUGGCUCCGCCUGUCUUUCCUUAGUAGACUGCUGAUAUUAUCUUCAUUCUGGCUGUGGAAGAUAUUAUCUCCAAUUGCAACAUUGCUAAUAUUCGUGUUCACAGGUGGUAUUAAGAGUGAAUAAAUGAAUAGCUAUGUGGGAAAUAUUUGUUAUUUUCCAUAGUGAACAGUAGUAUUCAGAAGUUAAAAUAUUCUCCAUUUCAUUUCUUUUGCAUAGUUUUCACUGCAUUCAGAAACAGUUUACCAGCUUAGCAUAAAACAUCCAGUUACUUCAUGAAUUUGUUGUCAAGCAUGUAGCAGGAUUGCUUUCUCUCAUCAAUGAUGUUCAGACAUCAGGGGAAUAUAGGAACUACUUUUAAUGUGAACGCAUUCUCUGGAAAAAGGCAUUAGACUACAUACCUGUUCAGGUGAAGUGGAAGAGAAUUUAGAAUUGUAAAGCAUUUAUGCACAUCUCUAGACCUUCUUCAAUAAAUAAGACUUUUUUUACAGCUACAGUUUUGAGAAAUCAUGGAAGAGUACUAUUUCCUGUUCAAAAGCAUUGUAGGUUGAAGGCAAGAUGUCUUGACUAUGAUGGGAGAGAAGAUAAGGGGAAUGUAUCUGUGACUGAAUAAUCCUUUUGAACUUUUGGAACUCCUUGGAUUUCACCUGAUCUCAGUGGUCCCCACAACAGCAGCAGCACUGCCCUGCAAGUGGAUGAGACGCACCUUAAUGUGGGAAGCUACCUCAU